AUGUGUAUAAGAGACAGNCAGACGUGCAGAGACCAGACGUGCAGAGACCAGACGUGCAGAGACCAGACGUGCAGAGACCAGACGUGCAGAGACCAGACGUGCAGAGACCAGACGUGCAGAGACCAGACGUGCAGAGACCAGACGUGCAGAGACCAGACGUGCAGAGACCAGACGUGCAGAGACCAGACGUGCAGAGACCAGACGUGCAGAGACCAGACGUGCAGAGACCAGACGUGCAGAGACCAGACGUGCAGAGACCAGACGUGCAGAGACCAGACGUGCAGAGACCAGACGUGCAGAGACCAGACGUGCAGAGACCAGACGUGCAGAGACCAGACGUGCAGAGACCAGACGUGCAGAGACCAGACGUGCAGAGACCAGACGUGCAGAGACCAGACGUGCAGAGACCAGACGCUGUCUCUUAUACACAUCUAG